AUGUUCGCCCGUGCUGGUCUCCGUACCCUUAACUCCCUCCCCCGCGCUCGCUUCGCGCAGGUCUCGCAGCAGAUCGCGCAGCGCCGCGCUCUCUCCGAUGAGGCCCGCAAGCUCAUAGACAAUGCCGUCCACGAGAACCCCCUCGUCGUCUUCAUGAAGGGCACGCCGGAGCAGCCGCAGUGCGGCUUCUCGCGCGCUGUGUGCCAGAUUCUCGAGGUCCAGGGCGUUCCCCGCGAGAAGAUCGUGAGCUACAACUGUCUCGAGGACCCCGAGCUGCGUGAGGGCAUCAAGGAGUACUCGUCUACGUCAAGGGCGAUGCACCAGGACGGAGAACUCGAGAAGCUCCUUGUCAAGGAGGGCCUUGCCCCCGAGCUCCCGCCUCUCGAGGAGGAGUCGAAGUAG